CUUUUAUUUUGAAAGGACUCACUGCGGAAGUUGGAUUGUUAUUAGCGGAAAAGAAGCCACCUAGCAUUUUCCAGAAGACCAAUGGAGGUUAGCUUUGUACAACGCUGAUGAGGGGAAAUCUGUAAGGAUGCAUGAUCAGGAGACCUUCUUCAGUCAGGACAGGAAAUUAGCCAGCGUAUCCCUCGUUGAUGCUGGACUUCAAGACGAGAUGAGACCUUUAUCAGGUGGGUGUCGGCUGGAGGAUACGACUCUAAUGGAGACUUUAGAGUCCAGCGAGGAUGAGCUAGGCCGACUUGACAUCGACUUGGACAGAAAGUCCAGACAACACAAUCUGACAUCCUGUAACGUGCGCACCAUCCUGCAUGAGGUAAUUACCCAUGAACGCGUCGUGGCCAUGAUGAAAGCUGCAAUUCGAGACACUCAGGACAUGCCCAUGUUUGAGCCCAAGAUGACCCGGUCCAGACUAAAGAGGGCAGUCCAGCAAGGACAGUGUCUCAGCUGGAGUUUGUCUGCAGAAAAAGUCCUGCUGCAACCACACUUUGUCAACAUUGACCUUGAGGGAGAUGAAGACUCGUCGGAUGAGGAGUAUUGUCCUGAUGAGGAAGACGAGGAAGACACGGCUGAAGAGUCUUUCCUCAGUGAUGGUGACAGCAUUUCCCCUCCCAAAGUUCAACAAUCCAGACCGCUGCCAGAGGGCCUCCAGUGCUCCCCUGGACACUUGAUGUCCACUUCUCAAUACAACUUCACAGAGGUUGCCGGGCCCUCCUUUCUGGAAAGACUGAACGCUGUGGAGGAGGAGCUAGACUGUGCUCCUACCUACACUUCCUUUUCGUCCCACAGGACAGAGGAAGAAGGGGACAACAAAGGCUCCAACUGUCUGGCAUUCCGCACGCGCUCCAAACUUCGCCUGGUGAAUGUGCCUCUCGAGCAGCUGGAGGCAGAGCUACUUGCCCCCGAUAUCACGGCAGACAUGUAUGAGCAAACUCCCCCUCAGCAGGAGGAAGACCGCCACUGGACGCGGUGGCUGCAGGGCCUAAUGGCCCCAGUCAAUGAAGAAGAUGCAGACGAUGACGAUGACCCGGAGUACAAUUUCCUCGAUGACUUGGAUGAACCUGAUCUGGAGGACUAUAGGACAGACCGGGCGGUCCAGAUCACCAAGAGAGAAGUGAAUGAGCUGCUGGAGGAGCUGUUCGAGACUCUCCAGGAGCAGGAGCCAGCUGAGGAAGAGGAGGAAGAAGAGGAGGAGCAGCCAGCUGAAGGGGAGGAGCCAGAGACUGGACCCAAAUUCAAUGUCCCUCAGGCUUUGUGCUUUGACCCACCAUUAGCUGGUAUGCUAACAGAGCGGCGGCGAGCAGUUAGGGAGCAAUAUCAAGCUCUGCAGCACAGGAGAGCCCUGCAGGACACAACCAAUCAUCCCACUGACAGAAUGAGUGAUGCUACGACCACGCUGUCGACCUGGGUUCUUCAGAGUCAAGUCUACCCCACCUUCCAUUUGGACUCUGACCAGAAACAGCAACUGCAACAGCAAAUCCAGCAGCAUGUGCAGCUGCUGACUGAAAUUAAUCUGCUGAGUCGCGGUGUCCGCAUUCUUGAACACGAAGCGUCCAUCACUAAACACUUUCUGGAGGAGCUGCAGAACUUUGCUGUGCGUCAGGAGCAGCUGUUCCAUGCCAGUUCUUUCCGAGCGUGCAAUCUGCAGAGUGCACUGGACCUACUUCAGGAAGUGGAACAAAGAGUGGACACUCCGCCUGCCCCAGCCCCCACAUCCAAGCGCUGGCUUCCCACAAUGACCCCCUCCACAAUAAGCCACGCCUUCCCUGUAUUGCCCUCUGACACGGCCUGGCUUUUUGCAACCCGACCGGCCUUUUUGUAUCCGCAAUUGCUUCCUGUUUGCAGCCUGGACCCGGCUCAUCACGCACGGCCUUAUCGCAGUAGUUUUACUGCAGGAGAGGAUGGGUUGAUUGUUUUGGCGUUGAAGCACUUUGAAGGGACCGUCCAGCCAGACCAUCUGAUCAGCUCCAAUCUGCUCUGUAAGAGUGCAUGGAACAUGAGGAAACACAUCAGAGAGAUGAACAGCCCCAGAGCACCGCAUGGAAAUGUCAUCAAGACGUUCCUCACAGAGCACGCUAUCCCCCCUCUGCCACUGGCAUGUGAAAGAGUGCAGUUUGGGGACCAGCGUCCCCCAGUGGACAGAGACACCUCCAUCAUGCCAAUUUGGCUCAAGAACAGCCAAGAGAUCAUCCAGAAGACAAAACUAAACACCUUUCCUCCACGGUACCCCCCAUUCCUUCCCAAAGGCUGCACACUUAGACUUCACCCGUCUCGGACGAAAAAGUACUCACGCCAGCCUGCCUCCUCCCAGAGACGUAUUUUUACCCUGGCCCAUAAUGAAUCUCUACAGCCAAUCUGCCCAGCAGAAAGAGGGGAGGAUGGGCAGGUGAAGGGGCUCCCUCCCCAUUCCUCUGUGUCUCCAACGUCAAUGAUUCCUUGCUCAGUGGCUCCCCUCAAAGCAAGCUACAUUUUCCUCCAGAGGGAUGGGACGUCAAACGUCACUGCAGUUUCCCAGCAGACUUUAGAGAAACAAGUCUAUAGUGUGGUCCACGUGGAGCAGAAGGAGACAGAGAGCCGACUCCAUUUAGAGACAAAAACACAGGCGGACGAGACUGAGCAAGACAUCGUUUCAGUGUUUGUGUCUGCACUCAGUCCCACGCAAGACGAUGUCCACCACCGGACCACCAAGUGGGGACAAGAUGGAGGGCAAGAUGGAGGACAGGGAGAGGAUGAGGAGGGAGAAGGAGAGGAGGGAGGACAGGGGGAGGAUGGAGAAGGGAAAGAUGAAGGGCAAGGUGAGGAUGAUGAUGUCGGAGGAGGACAAGAGGGGGAUGGGGGAGGGAAAGGGGAAGGACAAGGAGAGGAUGAGGAAGAGGGAGAGGAGGAAGAAGGACAGGGUGAGGACCAGGGAGGAAGAGACCGGGAGAAGGAUGACGAUCAGGAGAGGCAAGAGGAGGAGGAGGACGAAGACUUUGAUGAUCUCACACAGGACGAAGACGAGGAGGAAGUGAUGUCGUCAGCAUCAGAGGAGUCUGUUCUUUCCAUUCCGGAGUUGCAGGAGACGAUGAAGCAGUUGACUUGGCUGGCAUCAAAAAGAAGCCUUGUUGCUGACGUAGAGUCAGAGGAAGAUCACUCGCCUACCUCGCCCGGAUCACAGGAGGAAGAAGAGGAGGAGGAAGAGGGCCCCAAAGGGGAGGAGCUUGGGGAGGGGUCAAGCAGUAAGGUAUCAGAAGACGAUGAUACGCUCACCUGUGAGGAAACACCACGUGGAGGAGGACGAGGAGGAGGAGCAGGAGGAGGAGGGAGACGAGGACGAGCAGGUCAGAGUCGACCUCUUCGGGGUCUCAGGCGCGGUCGGCAGGAGCGACAUAGUAAAGAUACCACAAAACUCUCUCUCCUAUACGAUGAAAACAUCUUGGAUAACGACCCCCAGCGGGACAGCAAAGAUGUGGCAUUUGCUCAGAGUUACCUCAGCCGGGUCCGCGAGGCUCUGCGUGAUGUCCCGGAGAAGAUGGAGGAGUUUGUGUCUCUGCUGAAUAACCUUGAACAGCUCGAAGGACAGAAAGUAAUCCAUGUCUUCAGGAAGCUGCGAUGCAUCCUGGGAAGCCAAACCGAAUUAAUGCGUGAUUUUGCUGCCUUCCUACAUCCUGAACAAGCACUCGAGUGCGGACUGUUCCAAGAACAACAAGCCUUCGAGCGUAGUCGCCGUUUCUUGCGACAACUGGAGAUCACUUUUGGAGAUAAUCCAUCUCAUUACAACAAGAUCAUCAAGGCUCUGCAGCCUGGACCUGACCUGAGCCCGACCAGCAUUAAUGAGCUCAAGGCUCAGAUGGCAUCCCUGCUCAAAGGACAUACUCAUCUACAAGCGGAAUUCUGGGUGUUUUUCGAUGAGCUCCGGCCACCCCCGGCUCGCCCAGGUCAAUUUGAAGAGGCUCAUUGGCCAGAGGAGGGCGGUGGUGGUUCAGAUGGAGUAGAAGGCUUCAGCUGUCUGAAUCGAGGUGUUGCUGAUGGUAGUUUUGAGGAAGUGACAUUACCAGAUCUGGAAGAGGAUGGACAAAAGAUUCAACCCAUGACAAGCCGGCGCCAGAGAAGAAAGAUUGAUUCCCACAGAAGUUACAAGGAAUCCGAUUGGUCGCAUAAAGACUGGAGCUGUCUCUGUCACGACUCAAAAAGCCAGCGACAUCGCAGAAGAGGAUGCUCUCACUGCCUUGGCAGCAAGGGCACAGGGGGUGUGUCCAGAGCAAUGAAGAAUCUGGACCCUUUGUACCCUCAGAUAGGCUCCGUCUUUGAAGAAACCAUAGACAAAGACGUGGAUCUGAAGGUCGACGACAACAGUCCUCAACCAGGUGUUUGCGUGGAUCCCAUGACAUCAUGGGAAGGCUCAUUCCCACUGGCUGAGAGGGAUGACUAUGAUGAAGAUGAAGUGGACCACUGUGAGAAGAUGGAAUCGCCACCUCUUAAGAGAAAAAGAGAAGAAGAGCCACAUCCUCCCCGCGACUCUAUGACCACCUCUGGAGCUCCACCACCUCCAGAUGUUCCUGUGUGUGCAAAGAACAUUUCCCUGACGCCAAGUGGAGAGAAGGUGAUCCUCUGGACCAGGGAAGCAGAUCGAGUUAUUUUGACAGCAUGUCAGCAGGACGGAGCCAAUCAAAACACUUUCCAGAGCAUCUCCAUGCUCCUCGGCAACAAGACUCCCAGCGAGGUUUCUCGGAGAUUCCGGGAUUUAAUGUGUCUCUUUCAGACCGCAGCUCGUCAGGUAAGCUUGGAGGAUGAGGCUCCGCCCACUGAGCUUGAGGCCAGUGAAGAACAAGACUGAUUUUAUGGUGUUUUCACAUUCGAUCUUGUACAUAAAUAUCUGUAAAUAUGUCCUCUCUAUUAAAACAUGUGAGUUUUAUGUUAUUCUUGUAAAACA